AUGGCAGAGAUUGCUGUGUCUGUAGCUUGCGAAGUGGCAAAGUGCCUGUUGGCUCCGGUCAGUCGGCACUGCGGCUACGUAAUAUUCUCUGACCGCUGCGUUCGGCAACUUAAUGUUGAAGUUAAGAAGCUGGGUGACACGAGGGAUGAGGUGCAGCAUUCCAUCGAUGAUGCUCAAAACAACAUGAAGCCGAUCAAAGCCAAGGUUGAGACAUGGGUGAAAGAAGUGGAGACCGUCGCUGACAAGGCACACGAGGUGCUGGAUUACGAUGGAAGAGCUAAGAAAACUUGCUUCUACGGGUGGCUUCCCAAUCCGAAGGCACGUUAUUGUCUUGGCAACGAGGCGAGCAAGAUGAUCAAGGACAUCAAAGAUCUCAUUGAGCAGGGUCAAUUUGAGAGCGUCUACGACGAGAUUUCCCCACCGGGACGUGUUGGCGGUGCUCUCAACGUGAAUUCGUCAGCCGUUGAUGGGGGCGACUUUAUCACCGAUUCGCGAACUUCCAUCUUUCAGGGCAUAAUGAAAGCUCUGGAUGAUGAGAAGCUAAAAGUGAUUGGGGUCCACGGACCUGGCGGCGUGGGGAAGACUACGUUGUUGGAGGAAGUCAAGAAGAAACUCAUGAAAGAGAAUAGAUCGUUCGACAUGAUUAUCAAUGUGGAAGUCUCGCAAACUCCGGACUUGAAUAAUAUCCAAGGCCAGAUCGCUGAUGCCUUGAGUCUGAAUCUGAAGAAAAAGCAAAGCCAACAGGGAAGAAGAGAUCUUUUGUUCCAGAGAUUGCAGAGUGAUCCGAAUGAGAAGUCAGUCGGAAUUCCUUCGGUAGACGAGAGCAGGGGAUGCAAGUUGCUGGUAGCAUCAAGAUUUAAAGAUGUCUUGGAGCAAAAGAUGCAUGCGGAUAAAACAUUUCGUCUUGAAGGUUUAAACAACGACGAAGCUUUUAGGCUAUUUGAAAAGAUAGUUGGCGACAACCUCAAAGACGAGGAAUUGAAACCAAUAGCAGCUCAAGUGGUCGAGAAGCUCGCAGGUUUGCCUCUUUUGAUUAUCUCCAUCGCAAGCACUUUGAAAUAUAGCCGUGUGUCUGCAUGGAAAGACGCAUUGAUAAAAAUAGAGGACUCAAAUAUAGAAACCAUAGUAAAGCUGAGUUAUGACCAUCUGAAGAGUGAGGACGCCAAGUCCUUAUUCUUGCUCUGUGGUCUUAUUGGUGGGACCAUUCAAGUCGAACUUCUGCUGGGACUAGGCAUGGGGUUGGUCUUGUUUGAGGGAUUCAAUAACACGGUAGAAGAUUCAAGAAAUAGAUUGAAUACUAUGCUCGAUAGCCUCCGUUCUGUUUGUUUGUUGCAAGAUGAUGGUGAUGACAUGGAGACUGUGAUCAUACAUGAUCUUUAUAGUGAGGUGGUCGUCUCAGCUCCAUUUAGAAGUCAGAAUUCCUUAAUGAUGAACAACUAUUAUGUUUCGUGGCCAAAAGAAAAGCUUGAGAAAUGUUGGGCAAUAUGCCUUGUUAAUGAUUACGGUGAUGGCCUUGCUGAAAAAAUGCGGUGUGCGUUUCCCGACUUGAAGAUAUUCGUGUUGUCUCAGAUUGGGUCGUUCGUGGCACCUAUACACCGACAUGAUGUGAGAGAUUGCUGUGGACUAGAUUUCACAAGCAUGGAGCAGCUCCAAGUCCUAUAUCUUCGCUUCAUACAUAUCACCAAUUUACGUUCCUCGAUUGGCACCCUCAGGAACCUCCACUCAUUAUACUUAGACUAUUGCAUUGUGGACAAUGUGGCAAUUCUUGGCAAGCUCAGAACAUUGCAGAUUCUCAGCUUGGCAGGAUCUCAAAUUUCUAAGCUGCCUAAAGAAAUUGGGGAACUUAGGAAUCUAAGAUCAUUGAAUCUAUAUGAUUGUGACUUGCUUGUGAUAAUCGAGCACGGUGCCUUGAAAGGCUUAGUCAACUUGGAAGAGUUAUAUAUGAGGGGAAGCUUUAGUCAAUGGAUAGUCAAUGAUGAAAUACCAGCGGAAUCGUAUAAUGGUAGGCUUGUUGAGUUGAAGAGCUUGAGAAAGCUAGCCUCUUUAGAAAUAUCAAUUCAUGAUCCCAUCGUACUCUUAAAGGAUGAUGACCUGCCAUUUGGGAACCUGAUCAGAUUUUGGAUCGACAUAGGAAAUGCUUACGGAAGGGGAUUUCGUGGUUUGAGAACCAUGAAACUCCAAUUGGAAGGAUGUGAUGGUAUUCUCUCAAAAGAAUGGGUUCAGAAAACUUUGCAAAAAACUCAAUACUUAUAUUUGGAUGGAUUGGGAGAGUUCAAGGAGAAUGCUCAUGAGUUGUGCAUUCGAGGAUUUAAACAACUGAAGCAUCUCGACAUUCUAAACAGCCCCUCAAUCAAGUACAUCAUCAGUUCAUUAAAUGACCUUCUCACUGCAUUUAUGGAUUUAGAGUCUUUGUUCCUCGAAAAUCUUAUUAAUCUGGAGAAGAUAUGCAAUGGCCCUGUCACACCAAAUUGCUUCAGCAAAUUGAAAGUUGUGCAUAUCGAAAAGUGCCACCAAUUGAAAAAUAUGUGGUUCCUGUCAGAGAUGCAAAGAUGUGUACAUUUGGAAGAGAUUGAAAUAUGUGAAUGUGACUCAUUACAAGCCAUUAUCAUAGAUGAUGCGAGCAAAGUAGAAGUUGCUAUUGAUGACAUGGUUGAGUUGCCUAAUGUACGUCGUCUAGAUUUGCGUAAGUUACCAAAUAUGACGAGCUUUUGCAGUAGAGCUGAGGGUGCUCCAAUUCAGGUUUCAUUGCCUUGCUUGGAAUCCCUAGUAAUGGUUGGAUUCCUUGGCAUAGAAAAGAUACUCUACAGUGAUCCCUCAAUAAAAUACAGUGGUCUGAAGUCGCUAAAGAUAGAAGAAUCUAAAUCCACAUUGAGUAUUCCCAAAGAUUGGAUACUGAAGCUGCCAAAUUUGGAGUCAAUGGAAAUUGCGGGCUCUCCAUCAGCAUAA